CGGGGGUUUACUUGUAAUUCAAUGUUGACAAACAGCUGAGUUUGGAGUAUUUGGGGGUAACAAAGGAUUCCUGACAGCCGCGACUCAUGGUGUUGAGUGGGUUGUAGCCGGGCAGGAGUUCCAGGGAUGAGGAUCCAGCUGCAGGGUCCCAGCCAUGAGGAUCCAGCUGCAGGGUCCCAGCCACGCCGCCAGCCUGCUCGUCCAGCUCAACCGCUGCCGCCAGUCACACCACUACUGCGAUGUGUUUCUACAAGUCGGCAACCGGACAUUUGCAGCACACCGUGCAGUCUUGGCCUGUGCUGGCACAUAUUUCCAUGAUUUAUUCACCCGGGUUCCAGCCACAUCCUCUGCUGUCUUCCCGCUUGAACUGAUCUCCCCGGCCAACUUUGAAAAGGUCCUGACCUUCGUCUACACGGGCGGUAUCUUGAUUGAUCUUAUAGAUAUGGGGGUGCUGUAUGAACUGGCUGAGAGAUUUGGCAUUUGUGAACUGGUCCGGGCCUGUCAUGCUACGUUCCCCGAUCUGCAGGCGUCUGUGUCUGCUAAAUGUAAAGUAAGCAGUGUAGAGGAUCUCCCUCCGGACACCAGCACAGCUGCUGCUGCAUCCGCCGUCAUCACUGCAGCUUCUGUGUCUGUAUCCUCUGUGUGUUCCUCCACGGCCUCUUGCUCCUCUCUGUCAUCGGUGGCAGGUCCUGGUGCUGAUGCUGCGCCUGCUGUUGCUCCCUCACCUCUCUCUCAUAGCAGGACUGCUAGGCCAGAGCGUGGAGUUAACACAUCUCUAUCUAUGGAGCUGAAGGAGGAAGACAUCCAGUCCCAGAUCGGCUAUGGAAAGUUGGAAGAAAAUCAAAAGCUACAAGGAGGCCAUCUUCUAACCAGGAGUAACGUUUAUAAUGAGACUGAAUGUGUGUCAUCUUCAGUUGUUUUCGAGCUGAAGACUGAACAGGGACUGGAAAUUAGAGAGGCAGAAGAAGGCUGUGGAGACGGUGACACACACGGCCAAAUACUCUCUGAAAGUUGUACGAGUGGUUCUUUGCCACAUGGCAGUGAUCCUGCAACUUUGGACUCCUGCUCCCUCCCAGAGUCCUCGGCUCAGGCUGGAGCUGAGACUUCACCCUCAGGAGAGACGUUAGGCUGGCUGCAGGGGACACCAGGGGAGGGCAGCGGGACGGAUGUGCAGAAGGACAGCAGGCUGGGGCUUGGUGAGACGAGGAAAGGUGGAACCGUACAGGAGAGGGAUGCUCUGCAAGGUGAUGAGACGAUGGCGGGAACAGAGGAGGAGCAGCGGAGACAGCUGGCAGGGGAGAUCAUUGAGCUGAGUGAUGAUGAGAACUGCAUGGCGGAGACGGAAGAGGACGAUGAAGAAGAGCUUGUAUGUGUGGAAUAUGGUGUUACAAGAGCAGAAGGGAACACAAGCAGCCAGGGAACAGGAAACAUGUUGUCAUGUAAAGCCUGCUCAGCACUUGUUCCCGCAGACUCUGGUGCCGUCGUGAGACACGGUGAGACUCACCUGACAGAGCUCGGCCUCUGUGGAGUGUGUGGCACGUCGUUUCCAGACCACGCUGCCGCCGUCUCCCACGCCCUCCAUCACGUGGGAGUGAAGCUCUUCAGCUGUGACAUGUGCCACUUCCAGUUCCUCAGCCAGAACAAGCUGCUGCGUCACCAGCAGCAGGCGGCCGCCGGCUACAGCAUCCCACAGGAAGUGCUGUCCUCCCUGGCCGGGGAGCUGAGCUGUGCAGCCUGCACCAAAACCCUCAGGAAAGACUUCCAGACUCUCAGAGAGCACCUCCUGACUCACGUCUCCCCUCAGACCCUGACCUGUGGGGUGUGUCUGGUCCCCCAGCCGUCCCUGUGCUCCCUGCUGUGGCACGCCCUCCCCCACCUCUCCCUGCCCGUCUACCCCUGCCCUCACUGUGCCCGCUGCUUCGUACAGCGCCCCGCUCUCCACCAGCACAUGAUCGCCCACGCCCAGGAGGCGGCAAUCACAGAAAGGGAGUACUUUGCGCUGAAGGCUCACAGAAUCAAGUUGCACACCGUCGGGGAAGGAGAAAUGGAAGGAGUGGAGGCGAUACAUUGCUUCCUCUGUCCAGAGACAUUCUGUUCCUCCUCUGCCUUCCAGGACCACCUCACGUUACACACCACCGAGUCCAUGGAGACAAGGGGAGGCACCGGGGGCCAGGGCUGGUUAGGCAAACGUAAAGCUGACCACUCUGUGGAGUGGCCGGCUUCUUCCAGCUCCUCCUCCUGUUCUCCACUAGAUUCUGCUGGCCUUGUUAAGACGGGCAGCCUGAGCGUGGGAGGAGGAAUGGGCCGUAGCGUAAGAGAAACGUUCAUUCAGCGGCCGACACACCACUCAUUCCCCGGGGUCCUGCCUAACGGGCUCUGCAGCCAGGAGGACGGAGCUGCGGCAGCAGGGGCGCGGGGAAAGUGGUAUCGAUGUCGCUUCUGCGGCAAAUGUUUCGCCCACUCCGGGGAGUUCACCUACCACCUCCGUAUCCACACCGGGGAGAAACCGUACCAGUGCAAAGUGUGUCUGCGUUUCUUCAGAGGUCGCUCCACUAUGAUCUGUCACCUGAAGACGCACGCCGGCGCGCUCAUGUACCGCUGCACGGUGUGCGGCCUCUACUUCUCCACGCUGAAACUGGUGUCGUCGCACAUGGAGCUGCACCAGGACCAGCUCCCGCCAGACUUCAGCAUCGAGCAGACCUUUAUGUACAGUGAUCACUCCAAAGACCCGCUGCUCACCCUGGACACAUGAGGGACCUCAUUCCUACACACCCUUCUGCUUUUGUUCUGGGAAAAUUACUACUUAAAAUGAACCUGGGCACCAACUAAGGGUUCUUUUUAAUAUUUUUUUAUUUUUUUAUUGUACUCCUAAAAUCUUCAGUUGUCCAAAAAUAAAAAUACAGAAGUCA